AUGCUGCGCCCCCCUUGCACGGAUCACCUGACGUGGGGGACGACUUCGGGGUCUGGGAGGGACGGUGCUGGAGCGAAGCCUUCGCUGCUGCUGCGCUUUGCGAGGGUGGGCAAACCCGGCCCCAAGGAGAUCCCGCAGCAGCUCUCAGGCGGAGAGCGAGCUCGUGUCUCCCCGCCGGGCGCUGCUGCUGCCGCCGCGGCCGGGCGGCCCUGGGAGGAGGCCAAGGCUUUCUACGACAACCUCGCUCCCAAGAAGAAACCCAAAUCGCCAAAGCCCGAGAACGCCAUCACCAUCGCAGUGUCGUCACGGGCACUCUUCCGUAUGGAAGAGGAGCAGAAGAUCUACAACGAGCAAGGGGUGGAGGCCUAUGUGAAAUACCAGCUGGACCAUGAAAACGAGCCCUUCCUCCCUGGCGCUGCCUUCCCCUUUGUCAAGGCGCUGGAAGCUGUCAACAUGCAGCUGCGUGAGCUCUACCCUGACAGCGAGGAGCUCUUUGACAUCGUCCUCAUGACCAACAACCAUGCCCAGGUCGGGGUUCGCUUGAUCAACAGCAUCAACCACUAUGAUCUGUUCAUCGAGAGGUUCUGCAUGACGGGAGGGAACAGCCCCAUCUGUUACCUCAAGGCCUACCACACCAACCUCUACCUCUCCUCUGAUGCCGAGAAAGUGAGUGGGGCCAUUGAAGAGGGGAUUGCUGCAGCCACCAUCUUCAGCCCCAGUAAAGACCUGGAGGUGUCGGAGAACCAGCUGCGGGUAGCGUUUGAUGGUGAUGCCGUGCUCUUCUCAGAUGAAUCUGAGCAGAUCGUGAAGGCUCACGGCCUAGACAUGUUCUUUGAGCAUGAAAAGGCUCACGAAAACAAGCCUCUGGCCCAGGGACCUCUGAAGGGCUUCCUGGAGGCCCUGGGGAAGCUGCAGAAGAAAUUUUAUUCCAAGGGAUUGAGGAUGGAGUGUCCUAUUCGCACCUACCUGGUCACUGCCAGGAGCGCUGCCAGCUCGGGAGCCCGGGCCCUAAAGACUCUCCGCAGCUGGGGCCUGGAGACAGAUGAGGCUUUGUUUCUGGCCGGGGCUCCCAAGGGACCGCUGCUGAGGAAGAUCCGGCCGCAUAUCUUCUUCGAUGACCAGAUGUUCCAUGUGGAGGGAGCCAAGGAAAUGGGCACCAUCGCUGCCCACGUCCCUUACGGCGUCGCCCAGAAGCACAAGCGGACGGCGCAAGACAAGCAAACCCCAAACAGCAAAUAGCAGAGCUGACUGGUCCCGCAGCCUCGGGCACGUGCCCGCGCGGGCUGACACGCUGCACAGACUUUGCCUCCGGGCACCACGCACUGAGUUAGGUCACGGUCUGCAAGGCGGAGAGCAUUUGCCCUGGCAAGCGCGAGGUUAUUCCCUUGCUGGAGCCUUGUCCGGAGCACAGUGGAGGAAGGAGUUAACAAAAGGCUUCUUUUUGCCUGUAUAUUCUCUGCAAUGUCGUGACCUUGUGCUGCUGGCCCAGGGCUGUUCCCUGCCCCAUUCCACGUGGGGCCGGAAGCUGUCCCUCAACGGGCAGCCCCACGAACCGUUUCCCUGUUCGUACACGCUCUGCACUUGCUUCAGACAAAGUCUUUCAGGAUGGCUCUCCCCUUUUUUGGACCGUUUGUGCCAGGCAGGUUUGACUUAUUGGCAUUUUUUUAAAGCCCCUGGGGAAUUCUCAGUCCAGGUCCUUGAUUUAAAAAAACAAAUGUUUGGGCUGAACUGUUGAACUGAAAAGUUGCAUGUGCUCAAAAACCUUCUUGCAGCUUUGAAACAAAAUAUUGUCUCCUUUAAUUAAAUGUAAACCAUAAGACUGUUCCCUCAGUGGGAAACUCCCUGACAGAUUCAGCCCCUGUUCCCCAACCAGAAAAUCUUUCAGGUCUUUGUCCUUCCAUCAAGAUUUGUCAGUGCACCAACUUUCCCUUCAUGCACUGAAAUUUGGAAAAACAGAAACAAGCACUUAUUUAAAAAAAAAAAAAUUGUUUCCUGCUUGUUGCUUUGGGCCAAUAUAUUGUUGGCCCAGGUUUUUAAGGAUGGGUUUGACAGUUACAAGAGUUAGCACUUAAAUAUCUCAUAAGGCAUCCAAAGCCCAGCCAUUGUAUGUGCCUUCCAGAGUCCUCAGGAACAUGCCUACGAUUUGAAUUAAGCUAAAAGCAGGCCCUAAUAUAUUAGGGACAGCGUUUGAAGUCCAUUAGGUAAAUCUGCAGGGAAUCUGAGCCUGGGUGGGUGGGGUUUAAUUAAAAGAUUUUUUUUUUUUAUUUUCUAUAAGCUGAGGCCAUAGGAGUUGAUAAUCUUUUUCUCCUCAGCUUCUUAAAAUCUCUGGUGUUUCUGAAAAUAGACACCUCUGCUAUUGACACACUGAGAAAGAACGAAAUUCCCAAUUUAAAAACUGGAAGAGAAAUCAGUUGGAGAGCUGCUCUAAAAUCGGUGUGAAAGUCGCUCUGACGCUAUUGCACAAAGCCUUGUUGUGAAGGAUGCUCUCAGGAUAAAAACUUUUUUGAAUUACUUAUUUCUUGUGCUCUCUUGCUAGGCAGCACAAGUGACAGUCUGGUAUGAAGGAUGCCCAGUAUUAUCCGAUAGUAUUUUCCAACUUUGCCAAACAAACGGCAUGGGCUGAAGUUUUCCUGGGUCUGUGUCUGCCUCUCACUCAACUUUGCAGGGAGAUUUCAGCUAAAACAGCUCAGCCUUUUCUGAGAGCAAGGCUAAAGCUUAAGUUAUAGCAUUUUGGACAAAUAUAUAAACAAGCUAAUGAUAUCUUCA